UCUCUCCGCGAUGCCUCAUCCGCGCCCCUCCGCCGGGCGUCCCCAGCGCGGCUGACUCCGCUCCUCUGCCAGCAACAGCCUUGCGUCGGAUCCGAACAGCAACAAGCGCCAAGGAUGCGCUCCAGGAUCACCCUCUGGGCAGGCAGCCCGGCUCGCGAAGAAAAUUGACAAAAGACACCAGAGCUGGGAAUAGAAUCAGAAAUGGAUGAUCUCAGUAUGGAGACCCUGAAGGACGAAGUGGAUGCCCUCUGGGAGAAUGUCGAGUGCAAUCGCCACAUGUUGACCCGCUACAUCAACCCAGCCAAGCUGACCCCUUACUUGCGCCAGUGUAAAGUCAUUGAUGAACAAGAUGAGGACGAAGUGCUCAACUCGCCAAUGCUGCUCUCCAAAAUCAACCGAGCAGGUCGGCUGCUGGACAUCCUCCACACGAAAGGAGAGAGGGGCUAUGUGGUUUUCCUAGAAAGCCUAGAAUUUUACUACCCAGAACUGUACAAACUGGUGACGGGGAAGGAGCCGACACGGCGAUUUUCCACCAUUGUUGUAGAAGAGGGUCAUGAAGGCCUCACCCAUUUCCUGAUGAACGAGAUCAUUAAGCUGCAGCAGCAGGUCAAGACCAAGGAUGCUCAGCGCUGCGAGCUCCUGGCCAAAUCCCGCCAGCUGGAGGAUGAGCGGAAGCAGCUGAAGCUCAACCUGAAGGAGCUGGUGACCUUCCAGGAGAGGUACAACAAGAUGAAAGAGGAAAGGAACAACUACAACGACGAGCUCGUCAAGGUGAAGGACGAAAACUACAACCUGGCCAUGAGGUAUGCCCAGCUGAGCGAAGAGAAGAACAUGGCAGUGAUGAGAAGCCGGGACCUCCAGCUCGAGAUUGACCAGCUGAAGCACUGGCUGAACAAAGUGGAAGAGGAAUGUAAGCUUGAGAGAAACCAGUCCCUGAAGCUCAAGAAUGACAUUGAGAACCGGCCAAAGAGGGAACAAGUCCUGGAACUGGAGCGAGAAAAUGAGAUGUUGAAGACCAAGAUCCAGGAGCUACAGUCCAUAAUUCAGGCUGGGAAACCCAGCUUGCCGGAUUCAGACAAAGCCAUUUUGGAUAUUCUAGAACACGACCGCAAAGAGGCCCUGGAGGAUCGCCAGGAGUUGGUCAACAAGAUCUUUAACCUUCAGGAAGAGAUCCGCCAUGCGGAGGACCUCCGAGAUAAGUACCUCGAGGAGAAACAAGAACUGGAGUUGAAAUGCUCCACUCUGGGGAAGGACUGCGAAAUGUACAAGCAUCGGAUGAACACGGUGAUGAUUCAGCUGGAAGAAGUGGAGAAGGAGAGAGACCAGGCAUUCCAUUCACGGGAUGAGGCUCAAGCCCAGUAUUCCCAGUGUCUGAUUGAGAAGGAUAAGUACCGGAAGCAGAUCCGGGAGCUUGAGGAAAAGAACGAUGAGCUCCGAAUCGAGGUGGUCCGGAAGGAAGCCUGCAUCUUUAACAUGGAGUGCAAACUUAGGCGUCUCUCCAAGGACAACUUCUUUGAUCAGAGCUUACCAAGGAAUCUGCCCCUCACUGUGAUUUCUCAAGCUCCCAGCUCCAGGAUCAACGGCCAGGAGGCAGACGAUUCCUCGACGUCUGAGGAGUCUCCAGACGACAGCAAGUUCUUCCUGCCCAAUCAGCCUCGAAUCCGAAGGAUGAACCUGAAGGGAAUCCAGCUGCCAAGAACGAAAUCCCCCGUCGGUUUGAGCCGAACAUCGGAUUAUCAAGCAGUUCGAGGACACGACGAAGACAAGGGUGAGGCCAGCAGCAGCAGCCACGCGGACACCAAUUCCUCUAAUCCCAUUUCCAUCAGCAACUCGGUGGGCAGCUGCGAAGUUGGCAAAAUCCAAACGCUACGGAACCGCAACCCCAGUGUCAUGUCCACAACCCCAGAGCCCCCAGGAAACGACUCCAUCCUCCGGCGUUGCAAAGAAGACGCCCCACACAGCCUGACCGAAGAUGACAAUGACAGUUUUGGCUGCGACGCUUUGGAGUUGGAAGAUGACUUCCAGGACAGGCACUCUCAUGGACCUUCCUCGCUGCCUUCCUCUUCGUCUUCCCACCACUCUGAGGGGCUGGAUCUUGAGCAAGUCAACUCCAUCUUCAGGAAAUUCUCUCUGGAGAGGCCCUUCCGCCCCUCGGUGACAUCUGUCGGACGCCUGCACACCACCUACCAUGCCGUCCAGCAAUUCAUGUUGAACGGAGACAGCCUGAGCUCGGAGAUUACUCUGCUGGGGGGCAACGUCAAAGGAAACUUCAUCAACUCUGUCAAGCUGGAUUCCCCGGCGGAGAAAGCUGGCCUUCGCGAGGGACUGCAGCUGCUUCUGGUGGAAGGGUACAUCAAAGGGGAAAACACAAGCGCUCCCUUAGAUACCUGCACAAAGGAAGAAGUUCAUUGGACGAUUCAGAGAUGUAGUGGGCCAGUUGUGCUGCACUGCAAAUCAAACCACGAAGGUUAUCGGAAGCUGGUGUCCGAAAUCGAGGAAGGCCUGGUCACUUCCGGAGACUCCUUCUACAUCCGCCUCAACCUGAGCAUCACCAGCCAGCUGGACUGCUGCUCCCUGUCUGUGAAAUGUGACGAGAUCCUGCACGUCCUGGACACCAUGUAUUAUGGCAAGUGCGAGUGGCUUUGUGCCAGAGUUGACCCCUUCACGGACAAGGAUUUAGAAUCGGGGACCAUCCCCAAUUACAGCAGAGCGCAGCAGCUCCUCCUAGUGAAACUUCAGCGACUGAUGAAUAGAGGUAACAAGGAUGAGAUGGACAGUUCGUACGGUACACUCAGAACCCCUCGGAACACACUGCAGCCGGAAGAGGUUCUGCACCCAAGUGACCCCAAAGCCAGCCCUCGCCUCUCUCGGGCCAGUUUCCUUUUGGGUCAGAUCUUACAGUUUGUCAGCAGGUCCGAGAACAAAUACAAGCGCAUGAACAGCAACGAGCGAGUCCGCAUCGUCACUUCGAAAGACACGCGGGUCAGGACAGAGGGGCACCCGGUGACAAAGGCCCUGCUGGACAGAUUUGAAGAGUUUGACUCGGUGAGCGAGAUCAACAAGAGCUUCAGCCUGAUCCCGUACAGCUCAGUGAGACCCAUCCAUUGUGACCGUCGGCGCCCUGUCCUCUUCACGCCCACAAUGCUCUCCAAGACCUUCAUCCAGAAGCUUCUCAACUCAGGAGGGGCCCUGGAGUUCAAUCUAUGCAAGCCAGAUAUCAUAACAAAAGAAGAAUUCUGUAGGAGGCAAAAGACAGAAACAAUCAUCUAUUCCCGCGAGAAGAAUCCUCACACCCAUGAAUGCAUUUUUACUGCAAAUAUUGACGCGGUCGCUGCCAAGAACAAACAUUGCCUGCUUGAAGCUGGGAUCGGCUGCACAAAGGAUUUAAUCAAAGCCAGGAUAUAUCCUAUUGUUCUCUUUAUUAAAGUCUCGGAAAAAAAUAUCAAGAAGUUCAGGAAGCUGCUCCCAAACCCAUUGGUUGAGGACGAAUUAUUACGGACAUGCCGCCAGAAUGAAAAAGAACUGGAGGGCUUGCCGUGCCUUUACUCCUCUUUGGAGGCCGAUGCCUGGAGCAGCAUUGAGGACCUCCUGCGGAUCAUCAAGGAGAAGGUUUGGGAAGAACAGCAGAAGACCAUCUGGAUUGACGAGGAUCAGUUGUGAAGCCCAACAGGGGGUGCGGACAAUGAGGAACUAGCUGGUCUUUUCAAAGAGCUGUGCUGGAGGCUCUGAGAUACCUCUGAUGUAGAGCCCUGGUUCCAUCCAUAGCAGUGGCAGGGACUCUCGACAACUGGCAGAAGGUGGAGCAUGAGAGAGGAAUCAAAGGCUCUGAGUGCACAGCAAUGGGCAUCCCAGAUGCCUCUUUAGGAUUUCGACCAGGUUCGUGUCACUCAGAGGAGUUGACACUUGCCUCUUCCGGAGCAGCCGUGACUGAAGGACGGAGAUCUCAAAGAGAAGCUCAAAGCUUCUUGCUGAAGUUCUCAACAUGGGAGACACACUAAGAGGGCUUCCGCAGUUGCUUGGAAGAAGUGGCAGCACCCCUUGCCACUCCCUGCACUGACAUAGUCUCUUUGGAGAGGCCCCACACGCCGACCACAAAUGAAUGUAUUCCACAGAAGAGGUUUCGGGCUGCUCAGCGCCUAUAUUUCACUACAAAAUGCAUAACCAGUUUCAUGCCAGGUUGCCACAACUUCCACCAAAGAACUCAAAAUUCUUAGAUCCCUAACGUCCUACUCUUCCCUCCUGCCCCCCAUGGCAUCACAAUGUCCAGAGUUUCCCCAGGUUUGGGAAAGGCUGUUUUGUGCUACUGCGUGGAAUACAGUGGUACCUCAGGUUACAGAUGCUUCAGGUUACAGACUCCGCUAAC